CGCUGUAAACAAAGUGGGGAAACAACCGACCCAUCAAAAAGGGCCCAGACUAUUUCUGUCGACUACAAUUCAGUUUGAGACAGCGUUAGGUGAUUUUGAAGAGUUGAAUUUCUUUGUUUACUGUUAUUAAAAUUGUAUUGAUUAAACGUAGAACAUUAUAUUUAAAUUAAAAUGGCAACGACAUUAUUACGAACGGGAUUACGGUUUAUGAUCUCGAAUGGAGUCCUUGAAAAAAGGGCCAUUCCAGUUUUGUGCAAUGGAGUAUUUCAAGGGGAACAAAACAUUGAGCAGCCACAGCAAAAACUGCAGUGUCAUGAAAUUGCUCGACGAAUGUACAGUAAGAGGAGCGUGCAUUAUACGGGAAUUUUAACGUCUGUCAACGAGCGAGAAGAGAGUGAUAGCGACUCAGACAAUGAGGACGAAAGAGGUCAAUCACAUUUUUGGAGAAGAAAAAUGCGAACUUUGCAUAGUCAUUUAGACGUUAAUAAAGAUGGAGUCAUCAGUUACGAAGAUUUUAUGCUACUCGCAGAACGGUUUUCCGAUUUAGGACAUUUAUCCACGGAGGCCAAGACUGAAUUUAAAGAAGCAUUAAAUGAACUGUGGAAAGAACAAUGGGGUGAAAUUAGUCCAUAUAAUCUCAUUUGCGUUGAAAAAUACUUAGAAGAAAUGCACCAUGUUCUUAAUGACACGUCAUUAAAGAAAAAAUGCCAUCACUUCUUACCCUACUUAUUCAAAGCAGUGGAUAAAGAUCAAAGUGGCGAAAUUUCUGUGGAAGAAUUUAAACUGUUUUUCCAGUGUUUAGAUCUUACACAUGAUCAUGCAGUUGUUUCCUUCAGUCACAUUGACACCAAUGACGAUGGUAAAAUCAGUUUAAACGAGUUCGUAUCAUUGGGCCGUGACUUUUUCUUGACAGAAGAUCCAACAAAACCCAGUAAACACUUUUGGGGUCCACUAGUAGAUUGAACAUAUUAUUGUUUUACCUUGUAACUUGUGAUAUUAAGUACUAUAUGUUGACCGUUUUUGCAGCGACGAACAUGCAAUGCAUGAAUUGUUCAUUUUACUUGUAAAAUGGUUAACUGACUAAUUUAAGUUACUAUAAAAUAGUUAGAAAUAAGUGUAACAUAUAUAUGUUUUCUUCACUUUAAAACGAAAAAAAUUUUUACG